AUGGAGCGGGAUGGCGCGGGACUUCCAAAGCGCGCUCGACUGAGGGUUGGAUACGACAAGCUCGGACUCGAGGAGAACUGGGACAGCAUUGUUGCUUGUGACCCAGCUCAGGGACUCGUCGAAGCGAAGAGCAGCGAAAAUGCUAGUCAAGGUCUCUUUGACGUCUUGCAGACCCGUUGGAAGAUUGUCCCGCUGGAACCCGGCUCGGAUGCUCCGACGACUGUCAAGCUCGAUGUCAAUGUGAAGUUUCGCAAUCCUGUCUAUGACCAAAUGUUUGCUCAAGUGGAACAGAAAGUUGCGGGCGCCAUGAUCUCAGCCUUCGAGAAGCGUGUGAAGCAGCUGGACGAGAAGCUGUAA